GGCAGGUGCCUACCUGGGUAGGUAUCCUCUCUAUUGGGAUCGCGCCUAGAUGGUACCUAUGCAGCUAGUGGCAGGUACCGAUUUAAAUAAUCAAGGAUGAUCGCCCUGAUAUUUUACCACGAUGAUACAGGAGGGCACCACACCGAGAAUUCUCUUUCCCCAUUAUAUCUACUGUCGAUCUUUGUUACUUCCCCGUCGCUUCCUUUUCGGGUAUUCUUUCUUUCAUUUUCCGACUUCCAUUCUAACAGCCCGGGCCUGCUUGCUUGCUUGAUAUUUUUUUUUUAUCAAACAUUCUUUCUUUCGUUCUAACUAUCAUUCAUUCGUUAUAGCUUUGACUAGCAUACAUUCACUUAUUCUAUCUUAACCCGAGUCCAUCUUUUAGCACCGGAAAAAGCAGCUUUAUAUUUAUACCUUCUUGCUUCAUACAACCUAACAAACCUAAGAUCUUCAGUAUCGUUUUACAGAAAAGAAAUCACCAUGUUAUUCAGCACGAUAUCUUUGCUUGCUAUUGUAGCCCUUGCUGGCCAGGCUAUUGCCGAGCCUAUACGUCAACCGUAUAAGCCAAAGCUCGCCCAUAUGUCGCCCAGAGCUAUAUUUGGUCUCGAUCGUCGUGCGGAUGGUGGAUAUGCGCCCGCGCAGCAGUUUUGUGAGGAUGGCAAUACCUGUGCUGAAGCGUGCGGUAAAGGCUUUGAGCAAUGCGCUUCUAAGGACAAUGUUGUACACUGCUUCAAUCAAACUGCCCAGCAGACUUGCUGCCCUGGAAAAACUGGAGAAUCUUGCGACAAAGGUUUCUUCUGCACAGCAGACGAUAAAGGCGCUACUUGGUGCUGUCCCGAUAAUAUGACACUGGAGCAGUGCGCAGACGCCUAUAACCUUCCUGGUUCCCUUGUGACGCAGACUAGUCCAUCUACCACUAAACCUAAGUCGUCGCCCACGUCUACGACCCUUGCUUCCACUACUACUGCUAAGAGUGUUAGUACAUCAGCUAAGGCCGCUGCAAAUACUACAAGUACUAGAAUUACCACAAGCCCUAACACGACCACGUCUCAGGCUAGCGAGUCCUCUACUUCGGUCGCCCCUGCGAGCACCGCCCCUGCGAGCAUCACCCCUGCCCCCGAAACUACGGCUGCGCCGGCCACACCUUCGCCCACACCUUCGUCCACAAUCCCUGCGAAUGGUAUCGCUACAGCUGGAAGUGACAGUAAUUACGGCUCCAUAAACAGCAUAAUGCUUCUUGCUGUGGCCGCAUUUGCUGUUCUCCUCUAAAUCAGUCCGCGACGAGACGAGGAAAAUGUAUAUUGGCAAGAGUGGACUAUAUGACGGGACGAGCCAUGAUCAUCGAAAUCUUUCUUUGCACCGACCUAGGGAUUUAAUUGGCUGGAUCGCCUUACUUUUUAUUCCGCUUCACUAUCGAUACCCUUUGGCACCCAUAGAAUGUCGUCCGGACCGUCAAGGUGGACUAGCAUAGGUUUUGGUGCGUUGAGCUGUUGGGGUUCUAGGAGUUGUUUGUUUUUACACCUACGCUGCUCGCGUAUAAUUAGAGCUCGAGAACGGCAUGUGCAUAGAUGGCAUCCGUCUCUAGAGACGGGUGGUCUGCUGGGUUAACGGAAUUGAUGGAUUGCCUCGAUGGUACCCCUAUAGAGAUACCCUGACUUACCUAUUACUACCUAUACAUAUCUAGGAUAGCAUUCUUUUCUUGAAAAAAGAACUUACGAAAAUAUUAAUACCGUUUCGAUUCGCA